UCUUGUUCUUGGUUCCUUAUUUCUCUCUUAUUCUCUCUCUCUCUCUCUCUCUCUCUCUCUCUCUCUCAUCGCAUUCCACGCCAUUGGCGCUAUCCCCCACUAGAUCUACACUCUAACGGAUUCAUAGGCUUGGACUAAGAGCUGUAAUCAGCCAUAGAUGGCACUCUCAGCUUCGCGGGCUAUGUCGAAGGGUGUGGUGAUAUCAGUGCCUGUUCUGGUUCUAUCUGCUUUGGUGGCUGCUGUUUUUCUGUUCUUCCUUUUGUCCUCUCUUUCAUCUUGCUCCUGCCCUUCAACUUCAGACAUUUCUGCCUCUGAUGCAAGGAGUGUUGCUAUCGGUCUUUCCGAGUCUAGCCGUAUUAAUGUUCCCUUAUCGACAAGGAAGGAGGAUGUUGAGUGGGUGAAAGAUCAAAUCCGAGCAAACGGGCUUCAUAUGCAUGACAAUGUGCUUCGCAAGGGUAUUAACCCUCGCACCAGGGCCCAGCAACUUGAGGAUCUUAGACAAUUUAAGGGCAUAUCUCACUAUGAGGGACCUGAAUCAAAUAAUCACACGGCCUUGCCAUGCCCUGGGGAACUCCUAGUUGAAGAGCACCAUAGCAACUAUGGUGAACCUUGGGCAGGGGGAAGAGACGUGUUUGAAUUUCUUGCUCAAACCACUCACCUCAGACCAGACUCGCAGGUGCUAGAGAUUGGUUGUGGCACACUUCGAGUUGGAUUGCAUUUCAUUCGAUAUUUAAAUCCUGAACACUUCCAUUGUCUUGAAAGGGAUGAUCUUUCUUUGAUGGCUGCAUUUAGGUACGAGCUUCCUGCCCAAGGCCUCUUGCACAAACGGCCUUUGAUAGUUAAGGGGGAUGACAUGGAUUUCAGCAAGUUUGAUUCUGGUGUAAUGUAUGAUUUGAUUUAUGCUAGCGCUGUAUUUCUUCACAUGCCUGAUAAACUUGUGUGGACUGGACUGGAAAGAUUAGCAUCUAAAUUGAAACCUUAUGAUGGACGAAUCUUUGUAUCGCACAAUAUAAAGUUCUGUUCAAGGUUAGGAGGAGAGGAAUGCACAAAGAGGCUUACAAGUUUGGGGCUUGAGUAUCUUGGGAAACAUACACACGGUAGCUUGCUAUUCAAUCACUAUGAGAUAUGGUUUGAAUUUAGACGAUCAAAGGUAUAAGGUCUGGAUUGAUUCUAUAAAGAAGCACGAGAAAUUUCUGCAAAUGGUUUGAGAGCACUAUAUAUGUGCUUUGCACAUUGCAACAAAUCUUCAGCUACUCAGAUGAUAUUCUUGCUUUGAGUCCAAACAGGUGGCAGCUUUCUACUCUGUUUCAUCAACUUGUGCCAGAAACCUGUUCACGCUUUUGACACUUCCAAAGAGAGAAGAAUUGUAUGUAAUUUUGAUUGAGGACUCAACAAAAGCAACAAGAUUUGUAUUAUUUUUUGGUGUCCUUCUGUAAAAGGACUGGCUUAAUAUUUACCUUCUAAUUUUGUUUCCAUAUAGAUUCUUAUUAUAUGAUGAUUGUAUUUCUGCUGAAUGUUCCAUAAUGCCCUCUUUUUCUUUUUCUUUGUUUUUUUAUUUGAGGGAAAUAGGGCCAAGAUGCAUAGCUCAUGAAUAUUGUUGUAUGGUAGAAGCAGGACAGUAGAUUGAUCAAUAUCUUGUUACAGGUUCACAUUCUCCACAUAUACUUAGCCUCCCAUUUAUACU